ACCGCUUCAGAAUCGGAGUCUACUCUCCGUCUGUCGUCUGUCGUCAGUAUCAAGCAGCCACCAUCUCCAAUGUAAUUUUCCAGCUUAUUUCUCAUAUGACAACUUCUCUCUCUUUCCCUCCCCCAUUCUUUCACGCUUCUCCACGCCCUUGUCGGGCUUAUUCUCGUCAAUCUCCGAUCAUCCUAUUGCCUCUUAACAGUUCACCUAUCUGUUCACUUAGAUUAUCUUCCAAUUCUUUCCACCAGAGAAUUAUCCGCCGACUUCCUCCGAUCAUGUCCUCGGCUAUCUCUCAAUCGGGAAUUACCGAACUCAGUGACGAGUCCGAUUUCCAUAGCCUUCUUUCUCCCUCCGGUCUCAUCUCCAUCUGUGGCUUCGGUUCUCUUCUCUCCGAGAGAAGCGCAAGAAGCACAUUUCCUGAUCUGGCGAAUUUCAGAGUUGCGAGAUUGAACGGAUUCCGGCGCGUGUUCGCUCAUGUGGCGCCCAUCUUCUUCGAACGUGGCAUCGCCAAGCCUGAAACUAAGGAGAUUUCGAGCUUGAGCGUGGAGCCUUGUGAAGGUGAAACUCUUAUAGUUACAGUUUUUGAGAUUGAUAAAUCAGAGAUUCCUGCUUUUAUGGAAAGGGAGCUUGAGUUUCGAUUUCUAGCCGUUGUGCCUGAAACAAUAGAUGGCAAGCCAUUUGAUAGUCGAGCGGUGCUUUGUGCUCAUUACAGUGAUGAGGAAUUUUUCCAAAUUAGAUGCCAAGGGAGCAGGGAGAUUUAUUUUCAGCACUAUGGCAGGUAUGACAUCCAUAAGAUCUGGAGAGAUGAUAUCUUACCUUGUCGUACCUAUCUUCGGCACUGUGUGUUGGCAGCAAAGAAUCUGGGCCGUGUCGCUCAUGACAACUUUUUGGAUCAUACCUUCCUUGGAGAUCGUAAAACAACCAUCCGUGAGUAUCUAGCAACAACUGGUGCAGGUAUAAUGGAAGAGGAGCCCCCAGAAUCCCUGAAGACCCGUUAUGGUGGCUGAUAUAAAAAAUUGGUGAUGUUUGAAGACAGGCUUCUUCGAUCUCGCUUUCUCCAUGGAUCAGGGAUGGGGCUAAAGAAAACUGUUUCCAUGUUGUAACCCUUAUUUUUGAGCCAUUGAUUGGAAGGCUUCUAGUAGGGAGAGGGAGCUUUUACCUUUAUAAAAUUAAAGCAAGAAUUUUUAUUGCAAUAUAACAUGAUCAAAUUAUCAUCCUCCAUAA